CAACACACAAGUACACCGCACGCCCGCCCUGUGCACAAACAACAUAUAAAAUAAGACUCAAGAGAGUUAUCUCACAGGUUAUGCUGCACUCUCUUAUUCAUAUUGUUAUUCAUGUAACACUCUCUUAUUUAUGUUGUUUGUUCACAGGCGAGCGUGCGCGCGGUGUACUUGUGAGUUGCAGAUGCGCAUUUGACCGGCAUUUACGGUAGUAUUUCAGCAUCAACCGUUUUGAAGUACUUUUUGGAUUGUGACUAGUAACCAAUGUUGAACCAUGUUGCUCUCCUGCCAGAAAAAUAGUUAUUUGAAAGAGUUAGAAGCAGAUGUAGUUUCGUGUGAAUCAUCACAAUUCAAGAUUGACAAGAAAAAGGUGCAGGGAUAUGAGGUUGUUCUAUCUGACACGGUGCUUUUCCCAGAAGGAGGUGGUCAGCCUGAUGACAGAGGACGGAUAGGUGACGUGCCUGUGCUGCGCGUUGAGUGGCGUCAUGACAAAGCCAUUCAUUUUACAGAGCAGCGAGUUGAGGUCGGUGCGAGAGUGCACGUAGUUGUCGAUUGGGUACGCCGCUUCGACCACAUGCAGCAACAUACGGGUCAGCAUCUGAUAACAGCAGUUGCCGAUGGAGAAUAUGGCUACCAGACAACCUCGUGGGUAAUACUGGAGGCGCACGCGUCUGGUGCAUCGAUUGAUUUAAGACAUACGCCUAGCCGUGUGGCCGGUCCGCAGGAGCAGGUGGUCCAUCUGGAAGAUCUAAUUAACGAGCACAUAAUGAAGUCGGUAACCGUCACUGUCGUAAGAGCAAGAGGACUACCAGACGGUCAUGUUGGCCCCAUCAGAGUUAUCUCUAUUGAUGGAAUUGACUGCAAUAUGUGCGGUGGCACCCAUCUAUCCAAUCUUAGUCAUCUUCAGACCAUCAAAUUACUAGGAGUUGAAAAAGGCAAAAAAGGAAAGACCAAUUUGCUGUUCGUAGCCGGGGAACGGGUCAGGAAGUAUCUGGCGAAGUGUGUCACGAGAGAAAAGCAACUUACAUCGAUAUUGAAAGCGGGACCGGAUCAGCACGCAGAGCUGACGGAUAAGUUGCAGAAGUCACUGCGGCUUGCGACACGUAACUCGCUCUCGCUGCUGCGAGAUGUUGCCGUGUUGGAGGCACAGCGCCACCUACGCAGCGGCGACCAGACCACACGUCUCUUCAGUUUACACAGGAAGGAGGGCGAUGUGGAAUUUAUGAACAUCGUAGCCAAUGAAAUAAGUGAACAGAAUAAGGAUACGUUGAUGUUUUUGACCGUUGGGGAUGAGAAGGAAUCGGGAUUCUUCCUACUAUCAGGUCCACAGGAAGCAGUCUCCUCGCUAGGCAGCAGUGUCUGCACAGCGUUGGAAGGCAAGGGAGCAGGAAAGGCUGGCCGGUUCCAGGGCAAGGCAGGAAAGCUGAGCAAGAGAGGGGAGGCACUGAGGAUCAUCGAGGAAUACAUGAGGCAGACGCAGGCCGAGAAAUAGUCACGGCCUAGCUUCAACAACAUUAUCCCUCCGGGGAAUUUCCGAGCCUUUGCCAACGCAAAAAGUUUUCUGUUAUGUAAUGAAAUUUGUCAGUUUAAUUAAAAACUAGAUAUAAGAA